AUGAAUACGAUACGUUACCUAGUGUCGGGAAAAGGUAUUUUUAACAGUAUUUGCGAUCUUAUUAUACGCCCACAGCGAGCAGUAUAUGAUCCUCGAACAGAUUUGGGUCCAACGAUUUUCCGCCUUGACGCCGAUGAUCCUCAGCGGUACAAACGCACGGACCUAACGAUAGAGAACAUGCGGGGGCUAACCUUGCAAUGUUCAUGGUUUCGUACCUUAAGUAAUGAAAAACAACCGUGUAUUGUCUAUAUUCAUGGCAACUGUGGUUCACGUUACGACGCAUUAGAGGCACUCUUUCUGCUUAAGGAAGGGUACAGUUUGUUUUGCUUUGAUGCAGCGGGUAGUGGAUUAUCGGAUGGGGAAUACAUAUCACUUGGUUUCUAUGAACGACAGGAUCUCGCCGCGGUUGUGGACUACCUUGAGGAUCAGGAGGAAGUGGAUGGCAUUGGGCUCUGGGGCCGUAGUAUGGGAGCCGUCACCUCCAUCAUGUAUGCAUCAAAAGAUAACUCCAUCAAAUGUAUCGUUUGCGACUCGCCCUUUUCUACGCUGCGGAGUCUUGUAAAUGAUUUGGUGAAGCAGCACGGCUCCAAGCGAUUUCCUAGUUCACUCAUAAACAAAAUUGUGAAUCGCAUGCGCAAACGCAUCGCCGCGCGUGCGGCUUUUAAUAUUGAUGAUUUGGAUACGUUAAAGUACGCUUCGGAGUGCACCGUUCCUGCGUUCAUAUUUCACGGCAGGGAGGAUGAUUUCGUCUUCCCACGGAAUUCAAUUGAUGUGAGUAACUACUUUAUGGGUCCAUGUUUACAUCAUUUAGUGGAUGGAGGACAUAAUGAUGAACGCGGCGAAGAUGUGAGAAACACUAUUAAAGGUUUCUUCUCGCUCUACCUCGUUCUCAAGCGGGAAAAUGGACGCCCGGUAGCACACUUAAUGCAAGAUGCAACGAAUCGUGUGCCCAGGGAAUAUAUUCCACGAGUGGAUUCAGGCGAUGUUUCGUCAUCACCUGAGAGAGACGGUGAUGAUAAUGAUAAUAAUAGUGGUGUUGGCGGUAGUGGUGAUGUCAGUGUUGAUGAUGGGGGAAAUUCUUCAACCAGCGAUGAGGUGCACGGUCUCGAGGGAUCAGGGGAUGAGGAGGAACCAAUAGAUGAAGCUCCCAGCCGUCCGCUAUCUGCAUCCCUAGCACCUGUCAGGGUUACAAAACCAUGGUUUUAUGAUCCAAAUGAUUUGCUGUUAGAGAGAAAAGAUUGA